CACCUAAAGAUGUAAUAGCCAACACUCUCUGUUGUACAACUAACUUUUUAUCCCCUCUAUCUUCAAUCUCAAGAGGCAUCUGCUUCAACCCAAAAUGCACUUUCAACUUUAAUGGACCUUCUCUCCGGUACCCUCAAAAUUUUCUCCAAUUUGGUUUCUUUCAACUUGCUCUCCAACUCCUAAAUCCUCCUCUUGUAUUUGGCCAACUCAUCUUUCUCAGGGGGCAGUUGUAAUAAGCUCGGUAAAAUCGAUAUUCUUCUCCAAUUCAAUCAAUAUGCACAUCUUUCCCAUCUCCACUUACACCUUCUCCAGUCCACUUCCAUGCCCUUCAAUACGCUCUCCAUUUCCAUUAACCUCCCGUCAUCUUUCCCUUCUAUCUGUACACCUGCUCCAAAUUUGCUUCCAUUUAUUUCAAUACCCUCCUCAAUUUGAUCACUACCUUCGCCAACUCACUCUUCUCUGCCUUCACAAUUCACAUGUUGCAGUCUCCUGCCAUGCCUUUAACACACCUUCCAGAAAAUGAUAAUCAACGAACCAAUAUCAAUCCAUGGUUUCGGAUCAGUUUUAAACUAUCUAUGCAUAACAAUCUUACUCUAAAUAUCCUUUCAAUUAAUCAUUAACUUUAAUUUAUCAAAAUCUACUCCUUCACGAAGCUAAAAUCUCAUCCCCGAACUCAACUUUCUUAUUCACUUGAUCCUACAAAACCAUGAUUUUAUAUCUCCACCUAAAAGAAAUUAAAAUAUUUUACCAAAAGAAAUCAAACCUUAAACUUUAGCUACUACCAAAGCUAUUAAGUUUUGACGAAGACCAAAAAUCCAUUCAUGUUCAAAGCCUGGUAUGUGAAAAGGAGUAAAGGCGGAAGAUAUAACUGAUCAAACAUCGUCUUCAGUAAGAGAAGUAUCAAAAUAUUUCUUCUGUUAGUUUAUCGAGGAGAGAUAGAACCUUUGGGAGAUGCCGGUACGGAGGAAUCGAUAUAGAUAACUAAGUCAUACCGCAACUACUUGAUUGAACUUCAUUCUAUUCGCCAUGAAUUGAUAUCGAAGUUGAAAUCUUCUACUUGCCCAUCUUCAAUCCACAAUCUAAUCAAAAUGUCAAGGGAUACCAGAAGAUCAAUUUUCAAAGAGAAAAAAAUUAAAGUUUUGCCCUUUAGCACUCCACUGGAGAAAACCACUUUUGAGAUGGUCUUAGCCUUAUAAUUUCAUCUCAAAUUUAUUCUUUAAUAAAACUACCAACAAACCGACUGUACUCUACACAAUAAUAGUCAUAAAUAAAUACUUUUUUUUUGUGUAAAUAAACACAUACUUUAACUCUACCUACGGAAAUAAACUCUUUUAACUCUAAUCUAUUGACCUCAAUAAACCGAAGAUCAUACCCACCAAUAUUGCUAAUAUAAUCGAAAUCCUAAGAUGUCACAUAAGGAAAAUACAGUGUUGGAUAACACUACUUCCAUCUAGUCUAUCAUAGAGCACGUAACUCUGGAUUUAUAUUUUUUGUAUAAUCAAAAUUGACUUCUUAAUUUUGAAUUAGGCUAGAUUAUAGGGUCGAGAUUAUUAUUUUUAUUUUUUCAAUAUUUUAUUUACUCAUUUAUAUUUUUUUGUUUUAACUUGAUUUUUUUUUUUGCAUAGAUGGAAAGUUCAUUGAGAUUUACAAAAUUAUAUAUGUUUUUCUAUUUCUUCCAUACUGAUACUUUACAACUCUUAUGUAAAAUAAAUAUCAAUUACGUAAGGGUUAAUACCUUAUUUUAGCCCGAACUAUACCUAAACUUUCUACUUGGGCCCAUGGUUUCUGAAAUUGCUCCCAUGGCCCGAACUAUCAUCAUACUGCCUUGCUUGGCUCGACGCGGGUUUUGACCGCAAAUUGGACGGUCAACUCCAUUGACCGUUAGUCAAAUGUCAGGUCACUUGCCACGUCAGCGAACCCGAAAUAAAAAAUUUAGAUUUUUAAUUUAUUUAAUUCAUUUUGUUUUGUAAUACAAUAAUAAUUAAUGAAAAAAAUAAUUCAAAUUUUGGAUAGCGAAAAUAAUUAUAGAAAUUCAAAAUUUUCUAUUUUGGGUUCGCUGAUGUGGCAAGUGCCAUGGCGCUUGACUAACAGUCAAUGGAGUUGACCGUCCAAUGUGACGGUCAAAACCCGCGUCAUGCCAAGUAAGAAAGUAUAGUGCAUAGUUCGGGCCAAGGGAGCAAUUUCAGAAAACACGGGCCAAAGUAGAAAGUUUGUGUAUAGUUCGGGCCAAAAUAAGGUAUUAAUCCAUUACAUAGUUGUUACAAACUAACAAUUCUCUAUUACCCAAUAAUUAAAUUAGAAGCGUUAGGUAAGGCUUGCAUAAUGAUUAAACAAUUUACGUACAAAAAAGUAUAAUAUUCAUUACAUAAAUGACUUUCAAUUACGUAAGGCUUCCUUAAUGACAUUUUACAACUAUUACGUAUAAUAUACAUUUUAACGUAACAAUUUAAUUAUAAGCAUUACGUAAGUCUUCUAUAAUGACCUAGAACUUUACGUAACUCGCGGUUAAUGUUCAUUACGUAAAAUAUCCAUACAUUACUUAAGGCUUUUGUACGUAAUGACACUUUACAACUGUUACGUAAAAUACACGUUAAUUACGUAAAGCUUAAGGAACACCAGUUUUCCUAUGUAAUUGUUAAAUCAAAAGUGUUAACUAAGGAAAUAUUUUUUGCAUUUAUUUUCUUUAAAUAACACGUGAGAAUGGGUUGACCCGUCCCGCCCUGCCCCAUAUCCGCACGGAUAUCACCUAACAUGUCCCGCGUUUGGUGUGGGACGGUGCGGGUAUCUACUCAUACUCGCCUCGCUUCACCCGUUGGUAAUCUAUAAGCAUACAAUAUCUAACCAUUACUUAAUGUUUAUUGUGUUUUACGUAACGCGACUCGUGAAACUUUAUAACAUAUGAAUAAUUUCAAGUUAUCUUACUUCAAACUAUCAUAGAAAUUCUUAAUAAUUUAAGAUGUCAGGUUUCUUUAUACUACAUAAUUACUCCAUUAAUAUGCCAUUAAUGACACUAAUUAUGGUAAUAAAAAAAUGACACUAAUUAUGUAAUAGUCCAACUAAAAACACUAAUGCGUUUUCUCCUUUCAGAAUAUGAGCCCGGCCCAAAUCAGUUUAUUUUGAGGGAGGGAAAAACGGACAAUAAUCUUCCAGAUGUAUAACAACAUUCACAUUGUUAUUGUAUUUUCAAUUACAAAAUAACAUGAUAUAGGUGUUUGUAAUUGUAAAAUCAAUUGCAUUGAUGUGGCUACCACUUGCAUAUUUGCAAGUUUGCAACACAUUCAAUUUCAUAUGCAAGUCAAAAAAGCCUUAAAAAAUGGAGAUUUUUUUUCUCUUUUUACUUAAUUUUCUAUAAUUUAAACAUAAUAUUUAAUUACAUUUGCAAUUGCAAGUUAAUUGUUAAUUGCAUUGAUGUAGGUGAAUGAAAUGGAUGUGAUGUGGAUUGCAAAAAAUUUGAGUUGACAAUAAAAAAACACAAAUGCAAUUUGCUUUGCAGUUGUAUUGAUAGAGAUGCUCUAAUAUAUAAAUCAGCCUUUCGAUAGUUGCGCAGGAACCCAGAAAUUUGAAAUGGGGCAUCCUUUUUCCCUUUGUGCUAUUUAUAAUAGUGUAGAUUCUAUAAUUUCUCCAACUGAAGCUCCCUCCGGAGUAGGGAUGGCAAUCAAACCCAUGCCCACGGGUAUCCGACCGCCCCCGACCCAGUCAACGCGGGGAAUUCCCGCUUUGACUGGGUAUGGGGCGGGUAUGGGUAAAACCCGCAAAAUGUUUGAUGGGUACGGGGCGGGUAUAGUUUUAGCCUCCCCCGCCCCAUACCCAUACCCAUACCCGCCCCACCAAGAAUAUUUGUUCACAUAUAAAAAAUACAUGGAUGAAAUAGUAAUCUAUCAAUGAUAGUGAGGGUAAAUAAAAAAAAAUAAUUAGUAGAAAUGCAAUUGAGUGGUCACCCAAAUCAAAACCUAAUUCCUUUUCCUCAACUCUCUCUUCACUCUUUCACUUUUCCCUCGUAUUAGCAAGAUUAUAUUAGUUCAUUAUUGCUUAGUAUAUGUAUUAGAGUCGGAUAAAUAAUGAUUUGGAUUAUAUUGCAGUACUCUAUUUUAUGGAUUAAGGAAAAUUUUAGGAUAAAAUGCUUUGAACCAUAUUAAGAAUUAUUGUCACUUUCUCGACUUCAUGAUAUAAUAUGUGUCUUUAAUGUUAUAAUUGAAAAUUUACAUGUAAAAUUUUAUGUAUUAUAAUGUUGGAUGUACGGGACAGGUAUUAUCAUGGGUACCCGAAACCCACGGGUAUGAGGAUGGGUAUGCAAAAUCUUCCCCCGCAUGGGUAUGGGGCGGGUAUGGGUUUGGAUAUUUGAAAGCGGGGAUGGGAAUGAUUUAGGCAAACCCGCCCCAAACCCGCCCAUUGCCAUCCCUACUCCGGAGAGGAGGUUGGUGGAAUUAAUGAAAUUCCGGGCGGCGGGCCCAGAUAAAUUGACGCACCCACGUUGUAAGACUUGCCAGUCAGUCUCUACGUAGACGACCAUCCCUUAGCCAAGCAUAACAUGGCGCCCACCACCACCAUCUCCCCGCCCCCGUUAUAUAAACACUUCCUUCCCAGCCAGAUUAAACCCUCGACUGCCAUAGAGAAAAGAGCAGAAAAAACGCAGAGAGGGAGAGAGAGAGAGAUGAGGACUCCAAGGAACUGGUUCAGCAAAGUUGGAAGGAAACUCCUCAGUCCUUCCCGCAGAAGACAAGACGUUGUUCUCCACUCCAACGCUUCCUCAACAAGCCAGCACGACGAUUUAACCACAGCAUGCCACAACAUAGUCAUGGACAAUUCGCAGGGCUGCUCACUCCCCUCAAACACGCAGCACUCGGCCGCCCUGAAAAUCCAAGCAACUUUCAGGGGUCAUCUGGCGAGACGGGCAUUUGGGGCGCUGAGGAGCUUGGUGAAAGUGCAGGCAGUGGCUCGUGGGGCCUAUGCGAGAAGACAGUCGCAGUUAGCUCUGAACUGCAUGCGCGCCCUUGUUCGCUUACAGGUCCGAAUUAAAGCCAGACAGCUCCUCGGACCAUCCACCACCUGACUACUCAAUGCAUGAGAGUGCAUUUGUGUGGAUUACAUACAUCCCCUCCCCCUCAAUUGUUUAUUAGCUUAGCAAGUCAAUGAGAAAAAAAUUUCCCAACCCACUCCACUAGUGGAUGUUGAACAUCAAGAAGCUACUUCAAGGAAAAUAAGACGAGACAAAGCCGGAAAUGCACCAAACCGAAGCUCUGUACUAGUAUGUACAGUUGCACC